AUAGAGCUUCAAAUCAUUACGUAACCGUAAUGCUUUAAAUUUUAUUUUGUAUAUAACUAACUUUGAGCUUCUAUGGACUGCCUUGAUAUAAGGCGAUAAACGCACAUGAAAGCAUUGCUUUAGUGCCCGAAUUAGCUUUUAGAACCCUUAAUUUAUGCCAUUGUCCACUGAAGAAGACAAAGGAACUUUCAUGACUAUUCAUUUUCUCUUUUGAUCAUUUCCUUGUAGUAUUUCACCUUUACAAGAUCGAUCUUCGAUCUUAAUAAGAUUACCUCAACCCCACUUCAAACAAUCAAGUAUGGAUAGGGGUAAAAGCACCAACUGUGAAUGUAUUGCUUGUAGCAUAAUCCGUGUAUAUAAAUUAUUGUCUAUAUUUAAUCCCCAACAUGAGUAGUUACAUUAAGGUACUGAUUAUGUUCUGUAACCAGUAAGAAAUUCAUUUACCGUCUGGAAUGAAUUUAUAUCACCAAACUGGGACCAUGCUCGAGAAAACUUGUAGGCUAGCUGAGACAAAGCCAAUAGGAUGCGUGCGCAUGCUUUAAUGGUGGGCGUGGAUCGAUUGGUUUACCCAUGGAGUUCAGGACGAACAAACCUUGAGGCUUCCGUCAGCGUGCAUACCUUAAGGCUUCCGUCAGCGUGCAUAUUAAUCACUGCAAUUGCAAAUGCAGGGUGGGGACAACGUGAGAUAUAAGGCAUAUUUUUUUUUUUUUUUUCCCCUUUUUGCUCUACUGAGAGAGCAUGUUUGGUUUGGUUUGGAUGGAUAUCAAGUGGGCGUAAUGCUAGCUGGCAGUGCCACCACACUUUUCUCACAAGCAUGGAGUUAAUAUAUAAUCGGCGAAAGGCGUGUAGCCAAUAUCUGCAUCUUUGGACGUUGAAAGUUAAUUUCAAUUAAUGGAUACGACAAUAAGAUUUUCACGGCUUGUCUUGUUCCUUGCCAUUGGUAUUGGUGGACUGAAAGGUGAUGAAACAGGAAGCGGCAUGGCGCAUUCUCAAAGCAAUUCUACUACUUCCGCUCUCCCUAAGCUUCUUCAAGGAAAUGAAGAUAGCGAAGGAAGGAGUAAAACUUCCACUGAAGUUGUACUCAACAAGAAGAAUAUAAAUAAUGGCCCAUAUUUUAGAGAAGGACAGGGUAGUGGAGGCGGAGGCGGCAGAGCUGGUGGUGGAGGCGGUGGAGGCGGCGGAGGAGGCAGUGGCAGUGGUGGUGGAGGAGGAGGCGGCGGUUAUGGAUGGGCAUGGGGCAGGGGUGGUGGUGGUGAAGGAGGAGGCGGCGGUUAUGGAUGGAGCUGGGGCUGGGGUGGUGGUGGGGGAGGGGGAGGAGGAGGAGGUGGAGGUGGAGGUGGAGGAGGUGGCGGUGGCAGAGGGGGUGGUGGUGGAGGCGGAGGGUAUAGAUGGGGAUGUGGGGAACAACCAAGUGGUGGUAAAGGGAAGGGAAGAAGAGCAGGAGUACUAGGAGGAAUGAACAACAAUCAUGCAAAUAGGAAAAGAGUUUUCAGCAAGGGUAUCGAUGGUUACAAGCUGGGGGAGUUUGCACAAUGCAUGAGAAGAGGGAGGUGUAGAGGAAUGAGACUGGAUUGCCCUCUUCACUGCGGUGGACCUUGUUUUUAUGAUUGCCAACAUAUGUGUAAGGCUCACUGUCGAUGUCUUUCCUGAGUUGCCAUUUCUCACAUGGUUGCAUUCUUCGAAGACGACUAUCAUGAAUUAAUUAGUGUUUCGAAUUCCAACAGUGUGUAGGGUCGGGAUGAUGACUUUGGAUUUUAGAUUUCCAGUAAUGGAUUGUUAAAGCUA